AUGUACACUGUAAAAGAUGCCAGCGUGGCGUUCUCUCUCAUGGGCCAGCGCCUCCAGCCCUCAAAUACCCCCCUGCUCUUAGACGAGUAUUUUGCCGUGUGCAAACUAUAUGGCGACACCGCUACCGCACGCGAGACGCACCAGCGCUACGUCACUCAAAUCGAAAGCAUGCGAGGCAUCUUCACUUCACAGUCAUUGCGCAACAGCGAACACGAAGCGUUUCGCGAAGACAACGGCGGAUGGUCUGCAGUUACCGCCACGAGUAAAGCCCAGAACAACAGCAGUGCGUUGCACAGUACCACCACUGCACAUUCGAAUGACUCAUCAUCAAUAACUUUGGGACGGCGCGGAAACGCUGUUGCCGCUGAAGCGUCCGCAUCCGCCUCUCGUUUGCCGACUCGCGUUGUAGGCGCCCGCCAAGGUAAGGGUGAGAAUGAGUAUGUGCCACAGCACACACCUCUCACCGCGCAACCCGCAGCUGCCACGAGUGGAAACGAUGACGAAAGCAACUCGUCGAAAAAAACUUUUUCAGAGGCGGACCCUUCGCAUCAUCUCCUGGCCACGGCGUUGUCCGAGGACGAACGAGAUAGGGAAUCGACCUCGCUGGAGGGACAACGACACGGUGGUGACUCUCGGCGCGUGCAGGCGUCGCUGCACAUUUCAAGCGCGGGUCGUCCUUCCGGCGCGGGCGUGAAGGCAGACGCAAGCAGCACAGCGGCGGGGGGCAGCACCCGAAACGCCGCGUCCUACGCCAUCCUACGCAAAGAAUGGGGCCACGAAAACUACGAGGAGCAGUUUCACAAGCCUUGGAAUGCGUUUCUGCGUGACAUGUCUGGUGUGAUGACGGAGGUCGUGACGGCGUGGGUGUCCGACUUGGACGAGCACACCCCGUUUUCGCAGCACCUCAUCCGUCGAAGCAGCACCUGCUGCUACGAUGCCGCACAUGGGAUGUGUCUGCUGCGGUGGAACACGAUGCGGGAGGUCCGCGCCUACGUGGACGCCCUGCACGCCGUCGUGAACGCGCCUCUCUCCCUCUUCUUUGUUCCGCUGACGCUGGGGAUGCAGGUACUAGGGGUGCCGGUGUUGUGUAUGUCUCUCGCACCGGUCACGGGGCUAUGGCACGGCUGGGACGCGGUGACGGUGGUGUGGCAUUCAUUCUGCGGUUUGUGCGCCAACUUGCGACUCAUGCGCCCGCUCGAUCGCGCGGAGGGCGGUCGCAGCGAGACAGGCGCCGGCCCUUUUUUCAACGGUCUCGCAAAGGGAGGCGGCCCGUCGACGACGGAGGUGGCGACCUCAGCGCCGUCGCUGCACACCAUGGCGGGCACCGCGGGCCUUGAUAACGCCCUGGAAAGGUCCGUAGCGUGGUCGUUGCUGCAGCAGCUCGAGCCUGCAACAAGUGCCAACGAGUACUACGGCAGCCGCGGCGUGGGCGUGGCGCCGCUGUCGAGCUACGACGUGACCUCCCAAACCUACGCGAGUGGGGCGCCUGUCCCGCGGGAAAAUCGACGCAACUCCGUCUUUCGCGGCGACCCGACCACCCUCACCAACUCCGUCGCUGGGAUGGUGGAUCGUGUUAGUCGGCAGGUCUUCACAUCCGCGGCGGCCAGACAGGGCGGCUCCUUCACCCGCAGCGGGGGUCUGCAGCUCACCCCGGCCAUCGGUGCCGAUGCGCGGUGGUACUUCAUCGACGCCCGUGCGAUUUGCCUUUACCAAUGGUACACGCGCACGUCGUGGAUGGCAGCGCGGGUGCCGCGGCGGGAAAUGUUCCAGAGCAAGAGCGGGUGCGUGCAGCGGAGCGGAGGGCCGAACAAGCUUAUUCUCCAGUCGAAGCUGCGCAUUAUGGUGGGUCAGCUGCUAAACGGACUGCCGCGAUUCAACAGCAACAGCAACGGCAGCAGUAUGUUUGCCUCUUCCGGUAUGCACGCCAGUGUUCUUCUGAACGAAUCACUUGGGAGUCUUGGAGUGCCCUCGCAGCGACACUGGAGCCGCGGUAAGCCGCCCGUCCUCCUGUCCACCCUGUGCCACAGCCACGGCGUGCGCUACGGCAACUACGUCUACGCCAUUGUCGACCUCCUCCGCACGGAGGAGGCGUCGCUGGACGAGGCGGUGCAGACCGCCUACCGCCUCGGCUCGUCCUCGCCGAAUAAGUACGAGUUGCUGAAGCAGUGCCGUCGGUGCAUCCAGGCGGUGGUGGGUGAGCUCCUGGCGCGGGUUAUCAAACACCUCAUUUAUCAGGAGUGGUACAUGGUCAUCCGCCAAAACCCAGACUGGCAGCACCGUUUUCACAGUCUGUGCGUAGCGGUCGCGGAGGCUGCAGAAGAAAAAGAAGAGGCGGCGACGUUCGCGGCAGCGUCGACAACGAGGGCCGCAAAGACUGCGGAGGACCAGACGAGGGGGAGUGCCUUAGCAGCGCAGAAGGACGACACAGCACAAGAGAACAAGUUAAAGGAAACGGCAGCGUUGAUGGCUACUACCUUGGCGUCCACCUCAGCAGCAGAGGCAACAUUCGACAGUAGUGACCACAACAACAAGAGUAGAACAGUCCCCGUCCCCGCAGCUCACACCGAAGGCGAGUCCGUAGCAUCGUUGCCGCAGGAAGAAAGUGAAUCGGCGGCGUCGAAGACUGCGGUGGUCGACUAUGAGGAGGAGUACGACAGGAAGCGCCAGAAUCAGACUGCCAUCGAGAGCGCAAAGGACGCGGCGGCGGCGACAGACUGCGAGGAAGAAAAGCCAAGCGAGGGCAGUGGGGCGUCCGCCGCUGAAAUGCGCCGACAUCUUCUCGCCUUCAUUGACGAAACGAGAGAGGCGCUGGGUGCGCCGCUGCUAGACGCAGUACGACGGGUGCUGAACGGCGUCUUUACGGUGAACAUGAGCAGCAGCAACAACAACAGCGACAACGGCGGCGGUGGCGUCCCGCCGUUGCCUGCAAACCUCUCCGUCGUCGAAUACGGAGGCACUGGGCCGUUGGAGCUGCCAAAUACGCCCAACGACAGCGGUGUGGCUGGGAACUUUGCGGAGCAGCACGUCAGUCCUUUCAUGCCCCUUCUCAGCACUGCCAACGGCACCGCUCUCAGCGCCGCCGGCGCGUCCGCCACGGAGUCGUCAAACCGCUUCCUCACUGACGAGGCCGGCCGCUCUCUCGCGACGAGCAGCGCGCAGGUCCUUGGAGGCUACCCGGUUCUCAACCGGCAGCUCAGCGCAGUGGCGUUCCGCCUGACGAUGUUCGACGAGUUGUUGCUCGCCGUAAAUGAGCAAUACGUGGUGCAGCCCUACAGCGGAAACGAAAAGAUGAGUGAGUGGCAGCUGCUGCACAAGCGCGCACCAGUUCCCACGCGGCGCAGUCAAUACACCAGGACCCCUCCUGUCGUCGGCACCGAUGGUGGUGGCGGGGGAGGAGGUAACAGCGGGAGUGGUAACGGUGGUGGUGGUGGUAUUGCAAGUAGUAGUAAUAAUAACAACGGCGGUAUCGGCGGCAGCAACGGAGGCGAAUCGUGGUUAAGUCGUGGUGCGAGUCGCAGCGGACUCGGGGCCGCCGCUGCCUCUGCGCCGGUGUCUCCAGCCCCAAAGCGUGGCCGCGGCCCGUCGUCCCGUUUGCGCGGUGCCAUCCCCGUGUACUACCCCGCCGCCGACGAGGAGAGUAUUCAGGUCGAGGCAAAAGAGCUCUUCCCUGGGUGGUCGCUGCAGUGCCUGGAAGAGAUGAUGGGCGUCCCUCUGGUGUUGCGGCAGAACCGCAUAGACGUAGAUAGCAGCUUCACUGGUGCGGACGCCCUGCGUGCACUCUCGCCUUCUCUGUUGUCGUCCGUAACGUUGUCUUCUCCAUCCUCUUCGGCUUACGCGGGAGGACAAACGAGAACGAUCAGUGGCGCCGUGGCCGCAUGUCCUCCGCUGAGCUCGGGCUGUCCGCUGCGCUCUGCCGUGUGGGGCACAACAAUCGAACUCCCCCUGUGCCUCCACCGUGGCAGCGUCGAAGGCGCCCUCGAGUACGCACAGCACCAGCGUGAGAUCGGCAUCGCCAUCGUCUCCUCCGGCCUCAGUGCGCCGUUCAUUGGUCAGGGCCACGACGGGGCACCGUCCACGUUCUGGCGGGAGCGCAACCCACACAUGGUGUACAUGGGCAAGCUCAUCCAGCUGCACGCGGCGGACGUGCGCGUUGCGUGCCGCGGGUGGGCUAUUAUGGAGGACUUCGACUUUAUUAAGCAAUCCGACCAACCCAGUGACCGAAUGCUCAACGGGGCUGCCGGCCAUCUGGCGUGGCCACGCCGGCGUGGUUUGGAGUCGCCUCUCGCUCACCGCCAGCGCCUGGCGCGUGCCCGUGGCAACACCGCCAGCGCAAUCAUGAGCGUCUACAACGCCACGGGCAACAACAACGGUGGUUGCGGCGGUAUCGGGGAUGCAGAAUACGCCGGCGGAGAAUUGGCGGCCACCAGCGCCAACAGCGAAGACACCCUCGCCGUCAUGUCUCUCAACGCCUCGAUGCACGCACGGCUGAGCCUGCUGAACGCACGCGUCGACCUGCACGAAGCCAUGUCUUCCAUGUGGCACAUGACGGAGUGCAUGGAGAACAUGAACGGUAGCCACGUCGUGUACGGCUACCUGCUGCGGCAAAAGAUUGGAAUCAUCGCCACCGUUGCGGCGCAGUUCACCGCGUCGGGCGUGACGACGGCGCUCGAAGCGGCCAUUGCCGACUUGAACGUCCUCACAGGCGGGAUAUUCAACUUCGGCGCAGUGGACGACCCCAAUGCGAAGAGCGAAGACGCCCUCCUUCGGCCGGCCGCCAGCGAUGACGUUGCGGUGAGCGGCGGAGGCCGGCGCGUCGCCCGCUCUCCUGGCUGGCCUGCUCUCCGAUCUGGCGCUGUCGGCAGCAGCAGCAACAGCGGCGGCGGCCUCCGCGCUCGCGUGAAUGCGGCGUCUCCUUUCCCGUUGUCACCCCGCAACGGCGAAUCGUCGGACACCCGGAACCAAUACCUGCACACACCCCUCGGCUCGCAAACUUUCACCCUCGACCCGUCCCAGCAAGCGAGGGCAACAGCAACCGUAGCGAACGGCAGCAGCGGUGAUAAUACUACAGGAGCACCUGGAGCGGUGGAGAGGGCGACGAGCGCGCCGGCGCUCUCCGUUGAUCGGCUGCGCAGUGUGCCGCUACCGCCGCCCAUCACCCAACGGCAGGUGGCGGUGGUCGCAGCAGCGGAGGAGUCGGUGGCGGACACGCGCGCGAUGACGACGGCCACCGCACGGGCGCUGAGCAUGAACGGCGCCGGCCCCACACCGCUGGUGGGCUCCAUCGGCGCUUUCAAGAGCUUCAUCUUACGCUCUGUUCAAUGCGUUGAUCUCUACACGACGCUGCUGGAGCUGCUCACACGGCACAUGCUGCUGCCCGACGCCCAUCGUACCCCGAAAGAAGGCAUGUCGCGUGCUGUCAUGUUCUGUUCACUGCGGCGCGAACUCGCUGUCAUGACACACGGAGAAAACAGCGUGGAGGCGGCGAUGGCGGCGAGCGACGUGGGGCUGUUAUUGCUGCAGAGUUCGAAGACGUGGCCGCAGGCAAUGACGGAGUUUUUCCGUGCCCGGCGGAGUAUCACGUACCACCUGCGUGAACUGGCGGAAGAUGCUGCAAGAGCAGGAGAGAAAGGCGGAGGGAAGCCAUUGUUCGAUCGGCAGCUAGUCGCCAGCGCAAUAAACCUCGACCCAUCGGCGCUGUGCGGUCAGUUCGGCUCCUCUGUGUUUGCGCACGACGACCGCGGUGAGAUGACCACGAUCGACGUGGACAGGCCUCUCGACGUGGAGGGGGGCCACGGCGCGGCCGCGUCAGCAGGUGGCACACCGACUUCCGUCGUGGCCUAUAUGCACGGCAAGGGCGACGCAAACAGCGCAUGGGCCUUUGUGAGGCGUGCGUCGUGGACCACCGCACCGGACCGUCUUAAGCAGGCGCUCUGCAGUGUUUUAAACAAUACGGCCUAUCUUUUUUGUCGGCAGGCACAGCGGCAAUACGUGAUGAGCCAGCAGUCCAUGGCCACCUACGUGCGCCACAUGCGGCGGCAGAACACGCUGCAGAAACCAUCGGCCGGCGUGCAACUGUAUGCACGGCGACUGCGGUGUGCCGCGAAGGUGGAGCACUUUUUGACGGAAGCCGCCACCACGCUGCAGGGCGUCGUGCACCACGCCAGCGACGUCCCCGUAUACGACUACGCGGUGGCACUCAAUAACCAAGCCUGCGUGUUGCUGCACCGGUACCAGUAUGCCGCGGCGAAGCGACUGCUCCUGCAGAGCCUACGCAUCACGAUGCAGCUGCAGUCCUUCUCGGUUGCCCCGGUGCCGCUUCCGGUGUGGCUUGUCAGCGCGCAAGGGUCCAGUGAAAUCGGCUCGGUCUUGUGGCUGUUGGACACUGCGCAGCUCCCGGUGGUGGCCGGUGUUGGUGAUGUGGAUGAGAAGAACGCAGCCCUCUCUAAACGCAGCUCGAUCAUGGUAUUCGACUCCAACGGUGCACGCACAACACAACCAGAUAUGCUGGAGAGAGCUUCCAUGCCAAGUGGCGGCGUUGCCUCCAUCGUUUCCGCAGCGAAAUCCUGCGCCUCUCCUACGUUUGCGGUAGACAGUAGAGCAGAGGAGGACUUCGCGCACUGCAAGUCAACGCGGGCGGCACGCUACGCCCCCAACGCCCUUUCGACAAUUGCUGCCAUGCUGAAAGAGCUGGGUGCGUCGCUUGACGAAGAGAGGUUCGACGCCCAGGGCUACUAUUACGCCACUGGGUCUCCGCCUGCAUACCAGAACAGCGACACGAUGCACGGUUUUCAGGCAGCCUCCUCAUCUAACGCCGCGGCUCUCGAUACCGCGACGGCCAGCACCAUCACCACCACUUCAUCCUCGUCGAUGCUGCAGUCUCCCAUUACCAUCUCCUCCGCCGAGCAGCUGCGCAACUGUCAGGUGCACACGCUUCGCAUGCUGUAUCAGCUGGAGGUGAAGAAGAGCUUUAUUGAUCGUCUGCGCAUCCAACAGUUCUUUCGCCGCUACCUCGGCAGCUGGCGUGCGCGCCGGCAGCAGCGUCGGGCGCGGGCGGCGGAGGCACUCUACCGCUUCGGUGCUGCCGCCCUGACGCGCGUGUAUCUUGCCCGCCGGUACCGCUUCAGUGGCUAUCACUGGUGGCUGCGGCAGCCACGCGAGAUACGCCGCCACCUCGACCCGCUGCUCAACCAGCAAUCCCUCUCGACACGGCGGCAGCUCUGGGAUGUGUGGAAUGCGCAGGUGGAGAUGGCGACGUUGCGGCUGCAGCGCGUGCUGCGCGGGUCAGCAGUGCGCGCAGAGUUGGGGGCGCAGUACCAAUUCCAGCAGUUUUACCUCCAGCGCUGCCGCCCCGCGGUAGAGGCGGCGGUGUGGCACAAGAUGAGUCUGCUCUACACGAGUAUGCUGCUGCACCUGCACGUGCAGGAGGGCCUGCGUGGUUUGUCGUGUUUUAUGGAGGCAGUCCGGUCGGGUGCGAUGUGGCUGACGCGUGAGAUGGAGCCACUCAUCGUGCAGGAGGGCAUCGUGCGUGUCGGCGUACAACUGAAGGAGCUGCAGCGGCGAGAGGCGCUGGAGAGAGACUUCUACAAGACCCUCUUUCGGCAGCGGCUCAACCAGGUGCAGGUGGCACACAUGAAGGAGUCGGUACUGUUGGUCAUUCGCAGUCCACGCCCAUCUUUUUGCAACACCGUGCACGCAGAGCCGGAUGCGGUGCCGGAGGCUUCACCGCUAAUGGCGCAGCAAGAACAAGAGCAAGCGACGCAGUUCCCCUCCGUACCGCCUCUGGCGCUCACAGCAACCAUGGCAGACACCGAGAUAGAAACCGUAGCUCCUGCCAAACAUCCCAGGCACACGGAUAUUGCUCCUGUGGUGGAGAGCCAGCCAACUUCUGACAUGCCUGCGAGACAAUCGGCAAGGCAACCUCCUCCUCCUCUCGAAAUGAUGCAAGGCAGCUCCGCUCCGCUCAUGAUGCCACCGCCAUGUGGCCCCGAGGAGGUCCCACACCGCGGCAGUGACGGGGGAGCAGGACAUGACUACACCCUUGCUGAUACUCCCGAUGGUAACACUAAUAUUAAUGGUGGUGUUGGUAGCAGCCGCGGCGCGACAACGACCAACCCGCCCGUCCCACCCGUCUCCGCCCCAACCAGCACGACGAUGUCGCGUAGCCUCUUCGUUCCACCGAGUCCCGCCACGCAGCAGCCACCCCCGACCCCCACGAAGCCCUCCACGGACUCCAGUCGGACACGGCGGGCCCGUCAAGUCAUCAUCCAGGCGGAGGCGGAUCUGGAACCGUCUCCGCGCUCGACCACCGCAAGCGAGGAGCGGCACCGGCAGAUGAGCCGGCAAUACCGCGAGGACGAGCGGGCAAAGAUGACCCAGUUGCUGCGGCGGCACAUGGCCGGUGAUGAUGCGGAAGGGGAUGGCGUGAGCGGUGGCGGUGGCGUUGAUAGUGAGAAGAACGGGCUCGAUGGAGGUAACGCCGAACACGAGGUCGAGGCGUUGAAGCGGAAGGAGGGGGAGGAAUCGUCGCUGCCGCAGGAAAGCGGCAGCAGCGUCAGCAGCCACCCCGUUCUGGCCAACACCGAAGACGCGAACGUUAAGUGGCGACACGCGAUGCAGCGGGUGGCAGAGCCGCGGACAAGCUUUCGGUCGCAAAGCUUCUCCGAUCGCCACUCCCAAUUCCACCGAUCGCUGUCGGCAGCGUGGUCCAGCGGCAACAACGACGGUGGCGGAAGCGUGUUGGCGCCGCCACAGCCAGGAUCACCACUGUCAUCCCAUCCGGAAAAGAAGAUGAUGCUGCCCUGCCCGGACAGUGUGGUAACAAUGCUGCCGACGCCUCCCUGCAGUCCCGCCGUGUCCUCGCCGACCUUCACCUCGUCCGCCUCCUCUUCGUCGUCCUCGCGAAUGGCGAGAGUUGCCGCGGAGGUCCAGCGUCGCCAGCUGCUGAACGCCUCUCAGUUGCUCAUCCACUUUUGGUGGAGCAAGCGCGCUUUGCCGACCUUUGUGACGUCCGCCAUGGCGAUGCAUCGGCUGUAUGGCGAGCAUUGCGGUGCCCUGCACGAAUUGUGGCGGCAAGAGGCGGCGUGGCGCUUUCGGAUGCAGCUGCUCAUCGCCGCCGAGACGGAAGAAUUGUAUCGCCUGUGGCGGAGUGAGUCCCUCGAGAUGGCAAGUUUGUUGUUGUUGAAAGUACACAGUGCACGGUGCUGCCGUGAGGUUGUCACCCAUGCCAAGCUGCUCGCCACGACGCUGACGACGGAGGAACGGCGGGGCAGAACCGCGGUGCUGCUAGCCGCAGCUGCACGUGAGCGUCGGCCACCGAGCAGUCACUAA